ACGCAUGCGCAGUGGGCGUCGCCUUCCAUGGUUGGGACGCUGCACGAAGCCGACUUCCAGGGGCGUCGCUUUUCGCUUCUGCAGGACGAAUUUCGGCGAAUUCGGCGUGCCGCCGCGGCCCACUGGGCCCUAAUUGUAGUUUUUUAUUAGUUCUGAAUUACAAGGUGCGAUAUGGCAGACACUGCAGUUGCCCCUCGGCAAACAAGGCGUUCGACCCGCAAUAAAGAGGAACUGACCAAUGGAGUUGCAGGCAGUCCAGAGGCGCCCGCUGCCAAGAAAGGCAAAAAGAAUGCAGCUAAAAAAGAGACAAAGGCUGCGAAACAACCCAAGUCACCGGUAAAAGUAGACAAGACCAAACAAAAUCUUAUGUGGAAAUAUCUUUCUCCAACAAAUUCACAGAAAAAGAAAGGAAAAGAAGUCAACAAUGAAAAUGCAAGUGAGAAGACCGGAGGCCAGAACAAGUCCCCGAAGACUCCAGGCCUUUCAACUUUUGGAAAGAAGCUCAAAGAGCUGAUGGAUAAUGAGCCUCAGCCGGGAUCCUCGACUGAGCAGAAUCACUCACCUGUGGAUGUUUACGAGUUCAACCAGCUCCCAGGAGAGGAGCCACCCUCGAAGAAAACCAAAAAGAAAAUCAACCAGCGCGCUCGGAACAACUUCGUCGAGCUGGAGGACGGCGAAAUCACCCUGAGCGAGCAGAUGAAGGGUGUCAUGUUGGCCAAGGUCAACAACCUGAUUGACGAAACGGCCGCUCCGGCCGCACUUGGCAAGUGCCACUGCUGCUUCGAAGACCUCGAGACCGCCCACUCAGGAGGGGACUACGAGUGUGUCGACUGCCAGAAAAAGUUCAAGCUCAAGUCGAGUCUGGAGAGACACAGGCGGGUCAUCCACUUUGAGGGCGAGACCUACAGUUGUCCCGAGUGCGAUGCUCGGUGUCCAGACAAGGGCACUCUGGCGCGCCACAUGUACACUCACACGGGCCUCAAGCCCUACACAUGCAACCGCUGCGACAAGAUGUUCAGCAGAAAGUACCACUUGGAGCGGCAUGUCAUCCAGACAGGGUGCGAUGGAAAACCAAAACCCUCCCACCCUUGUCAGGUGUGUGGUCGGAUGUUCAGCCGAAAGGACAACUUGCGUGAGCACCUUCGGGCCCAUGCCGGUCAGGUGAAGCGCAAGAAGAAGUACAACUGUGAAUUCUGCAACAAGGAGUUCCACGGCACCAGUCUGCUGCAGAUACACACCCGCAUCCACACUGGCGAGCGGCCCUACCCUUGCGAUUUCUGCGAGAAGACAUUCCCGUCGAGCGGCGCCAUGAAAAAACAUCGCCGUAUGCACACUGGUGAAAGGCCUUACGAGUGCAAAGAGUGCUUUGCCAAAUUCGCUGCCAAAGAGACACUGAACCGGCACGUGAAGACGCACACGGGGGUCAAGCCUCACACUUGUGGCUACUGCGGAAAGAGCUUCAUCCAGGCUAGCCAGCUGCGAAGCCACAUCUUCCACCACACAGGCGAAUAUGGAUUCACAUGCGACAUUUGCAACAAAUCGUUCAACCGCCGCGUCCGCCUCUCCAUGCACAUAAAGUAUGUGCACGAAGGCGCCAAGCCUUACGAGUGUGACCAGUGCACCAAGACCUUUGUCCGCAAGGAGGACCUCGCCAGGCACACCAUCCUCCACUCUGGCGUCAAAUCUCACAAGUGCCCAAUCUGCGAGAAGCAGUUUGCUAUGAAGUCUUCCUUGAAAAUCCACUUGCUCACACACACCAAGGAGCCACCGAGGUCCUGCGACGAAUGCGGAAGAGCUUUCAUCCGACAGGACUGUCUGCUUAGACACAUGAGAUCCAAGCAUAGGGACAUGCUUGAGGAAAUUCUGGCUGAGGCUGAGAAGAAGAAACUGCAGCAACAGUUGCUGGCCACCCAGGCAGCCCAAGCGGCCGCUUCCACCGGUCUCUCAAUGGGUGCCGCCCUGGCCACCACAACUCAGCUGGCAGGUCUCAUGGGCGCCCCACAGUCAGGUGGAUCGAUGUCCGAAAAAGCUCUCUCGGACUCUAUUCGAGAACUCCUCUCUCUUCUGGUGGAUGAAGCCACUCUGGCUGCUUUUGGAUGGCCUGACGAAACUGUGGACAAACUGCUGGAGGCGGUGAUCCGGCGGUGCGGCCACGCUCCAGCCCUUGCCGAGGACUACUCUCCGAUUGACAGACUCCGUGAAAAUGCAAAACUGCUCUUCACGGUGGUCAUAGACGACUCGGCAGUCAAGACGCUGCUGAACAACCAGACGGUCGAUGAGGUCAUCCUGCACGUCCUGCGUCUGGCCAAGGGCUAAGUACAUUUUUUGUUUGCAAAUGAAGCAAAAGCAUCAGUAGGUUUAAGUUCGAUAGCAGACAAAUCAGUUUUAUAAAAUGUGACAGAAAAAGAUUCUGUCUCUCGAAUCAUGAGAAAUUUAUGAAAAAUUGUGGAAUGCUGGGAAUCGGUAUUUUAUCAUUUUUAUUUUAAUCAUGUCAAUAACAGCACCAAUGGUCAGCAAUAAAUGUUAUAUCAAGCGCUGUUUAAUAGCAAGGAAAAUGAUUUACCUCUUUUUGAAGACUUUGAUAGUUUGAAAGCAAACAGCGCCAAGAAAUGAAAUUCCCCCAAAACGAGCCAGCGGCUCAAUUUUGAUUUCACGACAGGGGUACUUUCAGACUAAUGGAAAUCCCAGCAAAAGGGGUGGUUAUAAUUUUAGUCGUUGAUUUAACCUGGGACAACCAUACUGGUGCCCCAUCUCUAUUUUCUCCUUGUUUAAUUUUAAAUUUGGAUGAAUCUGAAUUAAUCGAAGCACGUUGGAUAAUUUUAAGUUGCAAAUGGCAAAAUACGACUAUAGCAUUUUCAGUUGGAUGUGGGAUAAGGAAAAGUGU